GAAAGGAUGGCACCGAAAGGCGGAAAAAAAGGCGGCAAGAAGAAGGGAGGCAAGAAGAAGGAUAAAGGAGAGGAAGAGGAAGAAGGAGAGCAGAAGGAAGCCAUUUCAGAACUGGACAAGCAUUUUUACCUCAACCAGAUACACGGACUGGAGGUCAAGCUGAAGCGAGCCACCAUCCGCUGCGAACAGCUGGUGGAGGCGGAAAGUCACGCCAGGAGCCAGUAUGAUCUUCUUAUGCGAGACAAGACCGAUGUGAUCAACUUUCUCAAGGCCAGGCUGUCCUCGACAAGCGACGAGGUGGAGGAGUUGCGGAGUCGUCUGGCUGGACUGGUGAAGGCGAAAGAGGCAGAGCAGCAGCAGUACGAGGAGCGGCUGGCCACCCUCGCCAAGGACGCCGAGAACACCCGAUUGGACCUCAACGACAAGAUCAUUGCACUGACCCGCAAGCUGGAGAGCCUCGAGGAGUUCCGGCAGCACAAGGAGGAGUUGGAGGGCAAGCUGUCGGGCCUGGAGGAGGAGCUUGCCACCAGCAGAGAGGAACACAAGGAAAAGGUGAGUUACCUGGAGAGGGCGUCGCUGGUGGAGGCGGCUGCCCAGCGAGCAGAACUAGAAGCCCGCAUCACCAGGAUCACGGAGGACCUGCGCCGCGCCGCCCAGACAGAGAUGCACUCCACCACGCGCCGCGCCCUGCAGGAGAACGAGGCCCUCACCCGUCAGCUGGAGGUAUUCCGCUCCCGCAUCACCGCCCUCAGGACAGACAACAAUAAUCUGAGGGACGCGCUCUCCGACUCACAGGUGCGUGAGGGUCUGCUGCAGGACACGGUGAGGCAGGUAACGGCCCGGGGGGAACGGCGCGCCAGGCUGUUGCAGGCAGUCACCGAGAAGGCUGAGGAGCAGGCCCGCGUGUGGAGGGACUACCAUCGCCUGGCUCGGGACAACACCCAGCUUCGCCGUGACCUACAGGCUGUUCAAAGUGAAGUUGACAGCGCCACUCAGACAGCAUGUGAUCUGCGACAACGUAUGGUGGAGAAGGACGUGGCGCUGGAGCUGACAGCCUGCCACCUUCGUCAGCAGGAAGCAGCUCGCUCCACCUUGCAGGAGGCCAUCACGUCGGCCUUGUCUCUGCUGCAUCAGGCUGCCUUCCAGAGUGAGACGACGAAGGAAGUAGAGGCCACAGGUGCCAUCCUGCAGCAACUGGUUACGCUGCUCACCUCAGCAGAGCAAGCUCAGCUGUAUGCCACAACCGAGCCUGCACAUCCGUCCCCACCUACAGUGGCUCAAGGCGGUGGUGGGCGUGAUGACGAUGUUCAGAAAGAGGGUCGUCGGGAAGGCAGUGGGCAAGUCCAGUACCAUGCCGGGGACUUGGGUCUGCUGCCGCGCCCCUCACGUAAGGCGAGAUCCACCACACCGGACUAGUGACCGACCAUCCAUACGCAUAAAAUCAGAGCCAAUACCAGCCGUUAUUGACUACAUGAAGGAUGUUCCGCUGUGUUCAUCUCCACCCAGCAACCAACCACCGUGCACCUCUCUGGGUACGGGAGGUAGCGUGAAGCCUAGCAUGUUGCGUCGUCAUAGAUGGUUAACAGUACCACAUUUUCACGGAUGGAUGACAAUACUGUACUAUCGAGUCAUAAAAGGUUUACGUUUAAAUUAAAAGAGGGAAAGUUGUUUGUUUCAGCAGUUCGCUUCCUUUCAUAUUUAUUAAUUUCUUUUUUUUUUUCCUUUUCUUUUUCUUUCACUUACUUGUGCCAAAUAAUACCUGAUUAUUUUGCCAAACAUUCUGAACUGGGUGAGUUGACGGAUGCUCAACACGCUUCAGUGACCGAGUCUUCUACUUAUAUACAGUGCUUUCUUUUCUCUCUCGUACGUCAGCGACAGAGUCAAGAUGAUCAAACCUCAGACCAUCAGUUAAUGUAUUUACGUGCUUGUGAAACUCUAACCUUUUUUUUCUUAUUAUUAUAUUGAG